AUGGUAAAUAACGAAUCAAGUUGUACCGCUGCACCUGGGUCCGAAUAUUGGAUAUUCGGAUACGGGUCUCUAAUUUGGAAACCGCCCCCAGUAUAUGCAGACAGAGUCGCUGGUUUCAUUAAAGGUCACGUUAGAAGAUUUUGGCAGAAAAAUACCGAUCAUCGUGGUACAGUUGAUAAACCCGGUUUAGUAGUAACUUUAAUACCACACGCAGAAUGGAAAUUACUCGAUGAUUAUCAUCACAAUCACGAAGAUGAUGUAACAUGGGGUGUUGCUUAUAGAAUCGCUGAUAAAGAUGUCGAGGAUGUCAAAGCAGAGCUUGACUUUCGAGAGAGCGGAUACAUUUGUCGUAAAAUUGAUGUAUUUCAAAAUCAUCGCGUUGAACCUGUUGUAAAGAACGCGAUUGUCUAUAUCGCGACAAAAGAUAAUGAAGAAUAUGUAGGUCCAGCACCUAUCGAAUCUAUUGCUCAACAAAUCUUUACGGCACGUGGUCCAAGUGGUCCCAAUAUCGACUAUUUAAUUAACCUCGCUAAAGCAUUACGGAUAAUCGCGCCCGAAACACAAGAUUAUCAUUUAUUCGAUCUAGAACAACGUGUUCUGCGAUUAGAACGACAAAAACAAUUAUUCUUAGAAAAUGGAAAAGAACACAAGACUACAAAAAAAGUUCAAUCCAUAUACGAUAGUCACCAAAUUCUGAAUAACAAUACCAAUGAUAAUAAUUAUAACCUCUCAUCGAGUAUUAUGGAAUUCACGAGUUUUCUACACGUAUCUCGGCGAAAAGAAAAUAAUUUAUCAUUAUCAUCGUCAUCCUCGUUUGAGCUACAAACUAUUCCUCUUUCUUCUUUGUUAUUAUUAGUCAUUUGA